AUGGGCGACCACGGGGAUGCGGGAGACGUCAACUCCAACCUGCUCAUCAGCUACAGCACGGGGGACUCUCAGCUGGACAAAGCGAUCUGGCAGUGGCUGACCUGGGACAAGAAUCCUAAAACGAAAGAACAGAUUGAGGAUCUGCUACGAAAUGGGAGGAAUAAAGAGCUCCGGGACCGCCUGUGCCGCAGGCUGACGUUUGGGACCGCUGGGCUGCGCUCUGCCAUGGGGGCUGGUUUCUGCUACAUCAAUGACCUUACUGUGAUUCAGUCCACACAGGGGAUGUACAAAUACCUUGAGAAAUGUUUUUCAGACUUCAAUCAACGUGGCUUUGUUGUGGGCUAUGACACCCGAGGCCAAGAGACCAGCCGUUGCAGCAGUUUACGACUUGCCAAGCUCACCGCCGCAGUCCUGCUUGCGAAGGGGGUCCCCGUCUACUUGUUCUCAAGAUACGUCCCCACACCUUUUGUGCCCUAUGCAGUUCAACAGCUCGGUGCUGUAGCCGGCGUGAUGAUCACCGCAUCCCACAACCGCAAGGAAGACAACGGAUACAAGGUGUAUUGGGAGAACGGAGCUCAGAUCACCUCCCCUCACGAUAAAGAGAUCCUGAAAUGCAUCGACGAAUGUGUUGAGCCGUGGGAUGACUCCUGGAAUGAGAAUCUGGUGGAUACCAGUACUCUGAUGCAAGAUCCUUUGCAGAAAAUUUGCGCAAGCUACAUGGAGGAUCUGAAAAAGAUCUGUUAUCACAGGAAGCUGAACACACAAACCAACCUGAAGUUUGUCCACACUUCUUUUCACGGAGUUGGUCACGACUACGUGCAGUUGGCCUUCCAAGCGUUUGGCUUCCAGCCCCCCGUUCCAGUUCCUGAACAAAAAGAUCCGGAUCCGGACUUCUCUACUGUAAAAUGUCCAAAUCCUGAGGAAGGAGAAUCUGUUCUGGAACUGUCUCUGCGGCUUGCGGAGAAGGAAGGUGCCCGGGUGGUGGUGGCUACGGAUCCUGACGCAGACAGACUAGCUGUGGCGGAGCUGCAGGAGAACGGCCGCUGGAAAGUCUUCACAGGCAAUGAACUGGCAGCUCUGUUUGGGUGGUGGAUGUUUACUUGCUGGAAGGAGAACCGCUCGAAGGACAGUGACGUCAGGAAUGUUUACAUGUUGGCAACAACAGUCUCCUCUAAAAUUCUGAAAGCCAUUGCGCUCAAAGAAGGAUUUCACUUUGAAGAUACACUCCCUGGCUUCAAAUCGAUUGGCAGUAGAGUCAAAGACCUGCUGGAUAGUGGCAAAGAAGUCCUUUUCGCCUUUGAAGAGUCCAUUGGCUUUAUGUGUGGCACCUCCGUAUUGGACAAAGACGGCGUGAGCGCGGCCGUGGUGACUGCGGAGAUGGCUGCGUUUCUGGAUACCAAGAGUCAAACUCUGGCCCAGCAGCUAAUGGAAAUCUAUAAGACGUAUGGCCAUCACAUUUCAAAAACGUCCUACUUCCUGUGCUAUGAUCCCGCCACCAUCAAAAGGAUAUUUGAAAGGCUGCGGAACUUCGGCUCGCCUAACUCUUACCCGGAAUGCUGCGGUGCUUACGGCAUCUUGCACGUGCGGGACGUCACCACGGGCUACGACAACAGCCAGCCCAACAAGAAGUCGGUGCUGCCUGUGAGCAAAAACAGCCAGAUGAUCACUUUCACCUUUCAAAAUGGUUGCGUCGCCACCCUCCGGACAAGCGGAACAGAGCCAAAGAUCAAAUACUACGCAGAGAUGUGUGCGCCGCCAGAACAGAGUGACGUGGCUUUCCUGGAAGAGGACCUGCGGAAACUCAUUGAUGCCCUCAUUGAGAAUUUCCUGGAGCCCAGUAAGAAUGGACUGAUCUGGCGCUCUCUGUAG